UUGUCUGUGUGAGGAGAGGGGAGAGCGGCCGCUGCUGCCGCUUCCACCACAGUUUAAAGAAAACAGGUCUGAAACAAGGUCUUACCCCCAGCUGCUUCUGAACACAGUGACCACCAGAUCUCCAAACAUCAAGUCCACCUUCGUUCGCCAACCUGUCUGACAUGUCGGGACCCGUGCCAAGCAGGGCCAGAGUUUACACAGAUGUUAAUACACACAGACCCCGAGAGUACUGGGAUUAUGAGUCACACGUGGUGGAGUGGGGUAAUCAAGAUGACUACCAGCUGGUUCGAAAAUUAGGCCGGGGUAAAUACAGUGAAGUAUUUGAAGCUAUCAACAUCACAAAUAAUGAAAAAGUUGUUGUUAAAAUUCUCAAGCCGGUAAAGAAGAAGAAAAUCAAGCGUGAAAUAAAGAUUUUGGAGAAUUUACGAGGCGGUCCCAAUAUCAUCACACUGGCAGACAUUGUAAAAGACCCUGUGUCACGAACCCCUGCCUUGGUUUUUGAACACGUAAACAACACAGACUUCAAGCAAUUGUACCAGACGUUAACAGACUAUGAUAUUCGAUUUUACAUGUAUGAGAUUCUGAAGGCCCUGGAUUAUUGUCACAGCAUGGGAAUUAUGCACAGAGAUGUGAAGCCCCAUAAUGUUAUGAUUGAUCAUGAGCACAGAAAGCUACGACUAAUAGACUGGGGUUUAGCUGAGUUUUACCAUCCUGGCCAAGAAUAUAAUGUCAGAGUUGCUUCCCGAUACUUCAAAGGUCCUGAGCUACUUGUAGACUAUCAGAUGUACGAUUAUAGUUUGGAUAUGUGGAGCUUGGGUUGUAUGCUGGCAAGUAUGAUCUUCCGGAAGGAGCCAUUUUUCCAUGGACAUGAUAAUUAUGAUCAGUUGGUGAGGAUAGCCAAGGUUCUGGGGACAGAAGAUUUAUAUGACUAUAUUGACAAAUACAACAUUGAAUUAGAUCCACGUUUCAACGAUAUCUUGGGCAGACACUCCCGUAAGCGAUGGGAACGCUUUGUCCACAGCGAAAACCAGCACCUUGUCAGCCCUGAGGCCUUGGAUUUCUUGGACAAGCUGCUGCGAUACGACCACCAGUCACGGCUUACCGCAAGAGAGGCCAUGGAGCACCCCUAUUUCUAUACUGUUGUGAAGGACCAGGCUCGAAUGGGCUCAUCUAGCAUGCCGGGGGGCAGUACGCCUGUGAGCAGCGCCAGUAUGAUGUCAGGGAUUUCUUCAGUGCCAACCCCUUCACCCCUUGGACCUCUGGCAGGCUCACCAGUGAUUGCUGCGGCCAACCCCCUUGGGAUGCCUGUUCCAGCUGCCGCAGGCGCUCAGCAGUAAUGGCCCCUUCUGUCUCCUGAUGCCUGAGCAGAGGUGGAGGCGUCCGCGCCCUCCUUGAUGCAGCUUGCGCCUGGCGGGGAGGGGUGAAAUACUUCAGAAGCACCGUGUCUGAACCGUUGCUUGUGGAUUUAUAGUAGUUCAGUCAUAAAGAAAAAUUAUAAUA